GUCUCCGGUAUGGACAGCAGCUUCGCUCCUCAACUUUUCACCGGAGAUUUUAUCGCUGUUAUUGUACAUUCGACACGGUUCUUACCAUUUGGAAAUGCGUUUCUGAACGGAAUAAGCCGAAGCUGAGCCCAACGAGAGUUAAAGCCACUGUUUGAAACCUUUUUUUUGUUGUUCGAGUUGUUGAAGGAAGAGGGAAAAUGCCAGUUGCAACUCUUCUGCCUUUUACCGCGACCCCGAAUAGGAAGUCUGCCAGCCCGACUUCUUUCAGGUUGACAGAGAAAUUUAUUUUGUUACUUGUUUUCAGCGCUUUUAUAACCCUGUGUUUCGGGGCCAUUUUCUUCCUACCGGACUCGUCCAAGCUGCUUAGCGGAGUUUUCUUUCAUUCCUCCGCGGUGGAAACCAACACCCGCACCGGUCCGGACAGUAGCGACUCGGGUUCGGCUGGAAACGACGAUAGGGUCCUGGCCAAAAUCAGAAAGGACCACGAAAAAGCUCUGUUAGAGGCUAAGGAUACUCUACAAAAACGGCCCGACGAGAUAAAACAAGACAUUAUAAUUGAGAAGGAGAAAGUUGUGAAGGAGAGUAUGGGUCAAGGUGGGAAGGAUGUCAAUAAUUUGCCUUUCGUUGAGUACCGCCGGCCGCCCGGGGCGACGGGACACGAACCGCUGGACCCCGAAACCAGAGACAGACGGGCUAAAAUCAAAGAGAUGAUGAAACACGCAUGGGACAGCUACAGGCGCUACGCCUGGGGUUCCAAUGAGCUCAGGCCCGUCUCCAAGCAAGGCCACUCAAGCAAUCUAUUUGGCAGUAUAAAAGGAGCGACUAUAGUGGAUGCUCUGGAUACCCUCUAUAUCAUGGAAAUGUUUGAGGAGUUUGAUGCUGCUACUGACUGGGUUGAGAAGAACCUUGACUUCAAUGUGAAUGCUGAAGUGUCUGUGUUUGAGGUGAACAUCAGGUUUGUUGGAGGUCUGCUAUCUGCCUACUACCUGUCUGGGAAAGAGGUGUUCCGUAGAAAGGCAGUGGAGUUGGGUGAAAAACUGCUGCCAGCCUUCAAAACGCCCACCGGCAUACCUUGGGCCCUGCUUAACCUCAAGAGUGGUAUUGGCAGAAACUGGCCAUGGGCAUCAGGUGGGAGCAGCAUCCUGGCAGAAUAUGGCACGCUACAUCUGGAGUUUAUGCACCUCAGCAAACUUUCUGGAAAUCCAGAGUUUGCUCAGAAGGUAAUGAACAUCCGUAAGGUGCUGAAUCGCUUGGACAAACCCCAGGGACUGUACCCCAACUACCUGAACCCCAACAGUGGCCAGUGGGGCCAACAUCACGUGUCCGUGGGUGGCUUGGGUGACAGUUUCUAUGAAUACCUGCUCAAGGCCUGGCUGAUGUCUGACAAGACUGACGAGGAAGGCAAAAAGAUGUACUAUGAUGCCCUGCAGGCAAUAGAAACCAACCUGAUGAGGAAGUCGAGCGGUGGGCUGACCUACAUAGCGGAGUGGAAGGGGGGGCUGCUGGAGCAUAAGAUGGGUCACCUGACCUGUUUUGCAGGUGGCAUGAUUGCUCUGGGUGCUGAUGGGGCGCCUGGCGACAAGACGGGCCACCAGAUGGAGCAGGCAGCCGAGAUCGCCCGAACCUGUCAUGAGUCUUACGCCAGGACCGCAUUGAAGCUUGGUCCAGAGGCAUUUCGUUUCGACGGAGGGGUCGAGGCCAUUGCCACCCGCCAAAAUGAGAAAUAUUUCAUCCUCCGUCCCGAAGUCAUCGAGACCUAUAUGUACAUGUGGAGGUUCACCCACGACCCAAAAUACAGAGAGUGGGGCUGGGAGGCUGUUCAGGCCUUAGAGCAGCAUUGUAAAGUAGAAGGAGGCUACAGCGGCGUCAGAGACGUCUACGCUCCGACUCCAAACCACGAUGAUGUACAGCAGAGCUUCUACUUGGCCGAGACGCUCAAGUAUCUCUACCUGCUCUUCUCUGACGAUGACCACCUACCGUUCGACCACUGGGUCUUCAACACCGAGGCUCACCCUCUGCCAGUCAUCAAGAAGGAUAAAACAGACAGACCCAACGAAGUGGAGUAGUGGACCACCCUGAGCCGACAACCAGAAACAAGUGCGAGAACCUCUGAUCCUGUAUAUCUGAGCCUCUAGUUGUCUGCCUGAAACUGUUUAGCCAUUGGGAGCCUCCAGUGGUUACAGAUGCCUCUUGAUCGGAUUUCACUUUAGAUUUUGGAUGGGAUCAAAACAGUAUCCAAGUGUAUUGGAGCUGAGUUCUCGCUAUAGAUUCCAGUUUGGUUUUUUGCUUUUGAUUUUUAGCUCUGGUUGAGUCCAGAUGCUGACCUGACGCAACACAUUCACUGCUGGAUAACGUGAUAGCUCAUCAAACUGUAAUAAAUCCUCCCUCCACGUGAGUUUAAAUCCAUUAUGUGGUUAAUUCCGAGAUAAUGCAGUGAUGAUCAAACUGCUUUUUAGUGUUCUUGCAUUCUAAAAGUUGUAUUUCUGAAGAUAUCAUCAUCAUAAAAGUGCAGUUUAUUUCACUGGUAAGGUUCAUUUUAUAUUUCUGCUCAUUCAGAGGGGUAAUCUGAGCUAUCACGUGAUUCAUCAGUGGUUUUGUUGUUAGUAGCUACAGCUUUGUCUGUAUUUUUGAGGAGACCUGACAGACAUAAAGCAGUCGUCUCCCUAAUUUGGAUAUCAUGGACCCCCAGUGUUUGGUCCCCGAACCCAGACAGAACUCUGUCUCUGGACUGAGGAUGACAUGGCUGACUUACGAGCUAAGAGACGCUCAGUUCACUUCACAAGUGUCGUCUUUUCAUUCUGCUGUAUCACUUAAACAUCUCAAUAGGAACUGGUUCUCUUGCACCAACGCUGGUACCACCACCACUCGGUUUCGUCACCAGAGAGACACUGGGGGUUUGCUUUUCUAAAAACGUGGUUGUCGCUGUGGGAGAGAAGUGAAGACACAGCACAACCUGAGCCUCUUUUAUAAACCCACCCAAAUUUUUGACCUCUGCUCCUCCUCAUUUUACCUGAACACCUGACUGCUCCUUGUUUCCUUCCUCUGAGUUCGGUGUGACAAAUGUCAAACAGCCACACCAGCUCUCUACCUGCCAGGAACUUCACUUUUUCCCCACAACGUUUACACAAAACUAUCCUCCUUCUUCUGCUCCUUAUCUGUAUCUUUCACUGGCUUUUGGAUUUAUCAUGAUUUAUUUCUCACAUUUGCAGCAGGGUUCGACCAGCACAGGCAUUUUCAAGCUGAUGUUUUUUUUUUUUUUUUUUACUGACAGCAAACAUUUGUGUUCACUUUCGUAAUUCGAAUCCGUCUUUUUUUUUUUUUAUAGUCUUUUUCCAUUUCCCCUACAGAAAUUACACAUUUGCACUCACAGAGACUUAUUGUUUAUGAUUAUGGGGUUUUCAGUAAACAAGAGAAUGGACCAAAAAAGGCAAAAAAUACCCUCACUUUCAUGGAGCCCUCCAACAUAUUUUACAAUUUAAAGGCCAAUUCAUAGUUUCCACAUAACCGAUGUGGACUGUCAGAGCAGAAGUUCAUGCAGUGCUUUUCUUUAGCACAGGAUUUCUGGAGAAUUUAGAACAUUCUGCUGUGUCUGACCACCGUUGAUAGGAUUGCAGCUCUUUAAAUUCUGAAUUAAAAAGGUACGUAUGGUGGAAAAUCUCCUCAUACAGCCUCUACUAAUAGCAAGCAUUUGUUUUAAGCACCAUUUGUUUUUCUGGAUGUUAUGCUUGCAGUAGGAACAGUCCAAAGUGUGGGCUGCAGUGGAAUUGGGUGGAUGACAAAAUUUCCACCAAGUGUACCCAGGCGGAAAGCAUGAAUUUGCCUUUAGUCAGCAGAUGUUUGCCCAGCUGUAAUGGAGCGUGGAGAUGAGUUGGACUGUGAAAUGUCCUUUAGUUGUAAGCUCUCAAAAGAGCAAAAUACUAAGUCAUAUUUUUUAAAUUUAUUACAUUUAAUUUACAACAUUUCUGCAAACUAUUUCACAAAUCAAAGAGGACAAUUGAAAGUGAACAGUUUAUUUUGUUCCCUUCUUUUGUAGUCAACAAACACCUUCUGCAAAUGCAGUUGUUUGCAUAAAAAACUGAACUUUUCGACCAUCAGACACUAAAAGUCUCCACUAAAGUGGACACUGACUGGUCAAAUUGAUCAGCAAUCCUGUGUAUGGGUCGAACCCUGUUUUUCACUGUAGUACUGCUUCUUCACAUUUCCGUCCUCCAGGUCCAGCGUAGGGCAGGCUGUAGAUCUUCUCUCCUCUAUGAGGAGAUGUGGACACUCGACUUUGCUUUAAUAUUUCACCUUCACACACACAAGAAGCCAUACCGAUGCAACACAGCUUUACCAUUCUGUCGUUGACUUUUGUUCCUUUCAUCCUCCACGUACAGGCUGUGUGACUGUGUUGCUGCUUUUGUUGCCGUUCCGCAGUUGGAAGUCGCGCUCACUCGGUUAUUUAGUUGAAUUUCACGGUAAAGGUUCCUCCUGAUGCCACACAGAACCGUAGCCACAUUUAAUCCAGUUUAGUCUCCGAUCUAGUGCCUUCACUGUUGAGAAGGAGGAGGGAGAAGCAGCUCACACAAACACAAAAGAGUUUUAAAAUAGUAUUGCAGCUUUAAGUAAGUUCCUCUGCCUCUCAUGAGGAUUAUACCAAAACUAGACAUGGAUUAAAGGAUAAUUCUACUUUUUAAUUUGAUAUUCAGAGGGACUUUGGUGUAAAGAUAGCUCAAGAGUUGGUGAAACAUUGAACUUUUUGGCUUUGUUGUGACGAGUGGGAGAUCAGAGCACCAAAGGUCUAUGACAGGAGGUCAGUAUUCAAAUAUUAGAAUACUUACACUGUUCAUUCUCCAGCAUCUGUGGUAGGAGUGGUUUUCUAAUAAUCAGUCAAAGAGUAUUUCCUUGACUACACUGACAUCCAGUGGUGAGCUAUUCCUAUUACAGUCAGCAUGAGACCUGGACUAAACGACGACCGUCUGAAAAGACAAAAACAUUAUGAAAUAGUAGUUUGUGUAGAUAAAUAAUCAAGUUUAGGCAGGUCAAAGUGUUUUGAGGAACAGUUAGUAUAUAUUUAUAUCAUUAGUGCUUUCUAAUGUUUUUGUCCAAGUUGACGAAGGAUUGAUAAUAUUUUCAGCUUUAAAAACCAAGAGAAAUCCUCUAACUGAAGUACAAAAACUGACUCUCUCUCUCAGUCUGUCAGGUAUUUACUACCUUGAGAUGGCAGAUGGUGAGUCAUUAGAAAUUCCAGUCACUGUUUGAAAUUGUUUCAGUUUCUGUAUUUCAUCUGUCUGACAGAGUAAGUAGCUAAGCUGAGUGACAGUUUAAACCACACCUAGUGUUUUUUGCUCAGCAGGAUAAAACACAUUUAGCCCAAGUGUCUCAGAGCAGGAGAAUGAAACAUGCAGUGCUUUGGCUAAAUGUGUCAGGAUCAACGCUUUUACUGACUUCCACUCUGCUUAACUGAAAGGACCAACAGUUUUUCACACACAUUCAGUUGUUUGCUGCUACGUAAAGAUUUUAAAAGUCAUAGUUUACAGUUCACGUGAUGAUUCUUUUGCUAAAAGUAGAGCUCUAAGAUGAGGACAGAAAACAUCCUUAAUUACAGUCGUGUGCUUCCGAUAGUAUUUUUCAAACCAAUACAGAUCUAACUACACUAACUGACCACUGCUAAAUUCCCAGAUUUGAUUUACUGUUUUUGAAACCAAAUAUCAUGAGUCCUCCCCAUGUUUUAACCAAGACUGACAUAUCACUCAGCAGGCCUUCCUGUUCAAAAUUAAUAUAGUGUUGAUUUUCUGAGCUGUGACAAAUCCUUCCAUGUUCUUUAUAUCACUGUACAGACGACAGUGUCUCCGUGUUGAGUCUGUUUUGUUUAGUUAGUGGCAUUUAUUAUCCAUGUGAUGAUGUAUUGUAAUGGUUGAUUUUGCUGAUUGUGUUAAUUUAUUCUGUAGUAGUGAACCUAGGACUUAGAGGUGUUGGGACCCCGAGGUGGAGCUGCAGAGAAGAAGGCUGGAGCCUGAACAGAAACACAGCUGCAUAUUUAUCUGCCUGAACAGACUGGUGAUGGUCCAGGUUAUUUCAAAGCUCCUGUGCCUGUACGUUUAAGAUGUCUUACAGCAGUUCUACAGACAUAUACGCUACCGUUUAAAAGUUUGGGGUCACUUAGAAAUGUAUUUUUUUUCAAUGAAGAUGACAUUACAUGAAUCAGAAAUACAGUCUAGACAUUGUUAAUGUGGUAAAUGACUAUUCUAGCUGGAAACAGCUGAUUUAUAAUGGAAUAUCUCCAUAGGGAUACAGAGGAACAUUUCCAGCAACCAUCACUCCUGUGUUCUAAUGCUACAUUGUGUUAGCUAAUGGUGUUGAAAGGCUAAUUGAUGAUUAGAAAACCCUUGUGCAGUUAUGUUAGCACAUGAAUAAAAGUAUGAGUUUUCAUGGUUUUCUUCACCCCAAACUUUUGAACAGUCGUGUCUGUAUAAAGCACCUCUAGGUGUUUAAAAUGCUGUACAUGGUACCUUUACAACGGCAGAAAAUGUGUCAGGAGGGCAGAGAACCCACCAGGGAGUCAAUCAAACAACCUUAUAGGGAGGAUAGGAACUGUCUGAAUGUACCAUCCAAUGUGAAGUGAAGAAUAUUUUAUAUGCAUUUUUGUCUUUCUUUGUUCACUUCAGCAUACUUUUGUUUUGUAUCGUGUUUAUUCUUGGAAAGCACAAAAAGUUGAAGCCAUGUGUGCAGGCUGAGAACCGUCUGAGAGCUGAAGUCUCUGGAGGCUGUAAUGUAGGAAAUGAUCCAAAUCUGCCACAUGAGGUGUUUCUGUACGUUGGUAAUACACUUCGUACUUUUUCUUGGUUUCUUUUUCUGAGGAUGUGACACAAACAUAGGGGAAUAUUCUACAUCAUAAAGACUUUGUCUUUCACAUCUGAUUUGUUCACCAGUGGUAGGAGCUGAUAGUUGAAGAACAUUUAACAGCUGAGUUUGACUGUUGGGAAUUAAAAUGACAGAUAUCAAGAAGUUUAUUUUGAUGAAUUACACUGUCACUUGUCCAAAGCAUCAUUCUGAUCCGUGCAAACUGCUAGUCAGAAUGGUGGAGAACGAGAACUUUAUUAGAGAUUUAAGGAGGAAAUUCAAUUCCAGAUAUCUGUAAUUACAUUUUGACUAGGGAGUAUUCUAGUUUGAGAAACCAGCGACAUCAUUCUGACCACUUCAGAUUUAAUUUAAGACAUUUAAAAAAGGAGUCAGUAGAUUUCGGAAACUGGAAUUGCAGCUAGUGCAGAUAUUUGCAGCUAAAUUAUAAAUCUCUGCAAAAAAUCACUUGUCCUUUAAGAAUGACGAUGUGAAUAUCUGAAACUUUCUUUUUGACUUGGAAGAAUGAAAUUACUGGUAUCUGUAAUACAUAUCCAGUCCAGCUACUGAAUGUUAAACAGCCUGCCAUAGUCACAUCUAUUUCUGAUGGUCUGAGAUCACAGCAACAUAAUAAAUAUGACAUGGAUCUUUAUUUGAAAUGUAGAAAUCUUGUCAUCCUAUUAGGCCAGAGAACGUUUGUAAUGAAGGAAAGUGUGAUUAUUUUUCAAUCAUUUAACACAGCGGUUUACUGCAGGUCAGUGUUCAAUUUAUUUUGCUGCAUAAUUGGGUUUAAUCAGGUACAUAUCUAAAAGUUAAUGUUGGUUAAUAUUAACAUGCUGCCCACUGGGUUCCUUUCUUAUGUAGGAUAUUCAGCUGGUUAUACAGCAUCAUCAGAUAAGUUUACCUAGAUCACCUUCAUCUCUGGACACUGUUGGUUAUUUUUUUUAGAUUUGAUCAAUGAAUUUGAGGGUGUUUACAGUGUUCACAUCACAGUUUCACACAGUCCACAUAUCUUGUUUUUUCCCCAGAAAGAUUUGGUCUGCAAUAAUCUAAAAAAAGAGAGAGAGAAAUACAUGCACUAAUGUUGGAGAAGUUGCAAAAAGACAAUGAUCAGAAAAAGUCUAAUUAUUACAAUAGUAACAGCUGAUUAAUCUUAUGUCGAUUAAUUACUGCAGUAGCUGUUGUAGUCCAGCUGUAGAGACACAGAUACCUUCAUUUGAAAUAGUCACAAAACCUGUAUUUUAGGCUACAACACAGCAUUGUGGUACUGCUGGUGCCUAGAUUUAAAUGAAAUCAUUUAUUCAUUCUGAUUCUGUUUGUCCAGUUAGAGAUUAAAUCAUUGUAGUAAUGUGGGGGUUGUAUUAUUUAUCUGCAGUAAAUAUGAUGGUAUGAGUUCAGAGUACUUAUUUAAAAAAUAGCUAAGAUUUGUUAGUGCAAUCUGCAGACUAAAAUUAGAUUUUCAGUGUGAUUCUAAUCAUGUUAAGAUAACUAUGUGCAGAGGUAUUAUGAAAGCAUGGAUUCUUUGAAACGUCAGUCAGGUGAUUCAGACUUAAAGUGCUGAUCCGCUGCAUUUUCUCCACAAGGAAGUUUUUAAGCCCUCUGAUUUUAGACGUUUCCGACAUUGUUCCUCUCACGUGACACUGAUCUGGUCGUUUCAUUUCCUGAACAGGGAGGAAAUCCGAAUGUCUUUGGUUGUGUAAGUCUGCUUUAACUUCACAUCGUGUGACAUCAGGUUCAGUCUCAUUUGCAGACUGUGUUUUAUUUUCCAUUGUUUUUCAUGAAAAGGUUGAACUGUCUUUGGUGAUUUUCUGAAUAUUGUGUUGCGUUCCAAUGCCUUUCUAUUAGUGAACAUUAAAGGAGAAUGCCACCCAUUUCAGGAAAUUAAAUUAAAAUGGGUCCUUGUGAAAUUGCACCACUUUUCCAGGAAGAAACUUCUUCAUAUAUCACACUGACAUCAUUUUCCUUGAGUGGUACGAGACCACUAAAUAUUCCUGACCUGUCCUGGGACUCCACUGAUCUGAAUUCUUUAGAUGUUUGGCAUUCCCCUUUAAAAGGGUUUAAAUGUGUGAAACCAACCUCAGAAAUGUAUCUGUACAAAAUAUUGCUGAUAAUCAUUCCAUUGCACAUAGUUUACUUUGCAUUUAUAUGCAAUAUUUUAAUUUUGUGGGGAAAUUUGUUUUAUUGUGUUAAUAUUAUUAUUGAAAAAAAAUGUAAAUAUUCCAUUCCGGCAAAUGAGCCGUCCUACAUUUAUAUAAAAAUCUUCUGAGCUUAUGGAUUAAAAUGAUAUUAAUGAACAGCAGACUUUUUAAUAAACUAUAUUUGUUACACUUCUAUUGUGAAUAAAAAAAUCUUUUAUUAA